AUGCAGAAGGUCAUGUGCUCCAUGAGCACUGAACGUGUGCAGCUUGUAUUGGGGGAGGCGACAUCCAGUGGGGAAGAGGGGGAGGCCCAGGAGCAGGAAGAACUGCUGCGCUCUGAAAGGAAGCUCCUGGAGAUGCUCAUCACCAAGAGAGCAGAGCUGAAGCUGUGGAAGGAGAAAGAAAAGGAAGGGUCAUUUCUGAAACAAAUGAGCCCAGACUACCCCCAGGGUUCUCUGAGGAAUAUGUUAAAAUCACCAAGUGGGGAGGAGGACACCACAACCCCACACCCCUUCUGGAACAUGAAAGACAAAGCUGUGGGGGACCAUUUACAGCAAAAACGCAGCCAGCUCUUCUGGGGUCUCCCCUCUCUGCACAGCAAGGCUGCGGCCUGGGACAGCCAGGCCUCCCAGAGCCACAAGUCAGCCUCCACCCUUCCUGGGGCUUUCAUCAGCCCUGACCACCAGGAGCAGCAGCAGCAAUAUACUCAGAGGAGUUUCGUCCCAGCAGGUGAAAGCAGCAAGAAUGUACGGAAGAUGGGGUCCAGGUACUCGGAAAGAUUCUUUUGGAAGGGCCCCAGGAGGGUCAAAGAAGACAAGCACCCAAGCGGGGACCUAGGGCAAGAUCUGGAGAGGGGCCCAGAAAGUCCAUGCACAGGUUCAAGAAACACCUCAGUGAAGGUUCUAGAGGACAAUGAGGAGGAGUCAGAUAGUGACUGGAUUAGGCUCCAGAAGUAUCAAUCAGGAAAUUACCUACUCAGGGGCCGAGAGAAGCAGCAUGUUGAAAAAUUCCUGAAUCUCCAUUUGGACCGGAAGCUGGGGGAGAUCAAGACCGGCAUGAUCCCUGUGCAAGCACGUCAGUCCUGGCGUACUGCCAGCCAUGCUAUUCCGGAGUCUGACACCCACAAAAAGCCCAGAAAUCUAGCAUCCUGGAGGUGUCAGAAAUGUCAUGUGAACACCUCCCAGGAGCUUUUCUUCCUUGAUCCAUGCACUCAACAGAUGCUAGAAGCACAUAUUAAAAGGUUUCAGCCUUCCCUCCUGGGAGACUGGUGA